AUGGCUCUGCAAGGCGUUGAGCAGACGAUCCUUCGGGAUCCGGCUCUAUUCUACUGGAUUGUGUUCCCUAUCACUGUUGUUAUGAUUCUGACAGGUAUCCUCCGUCACUAUGCCACCGUCCUGAUGAACAACCCCCCGAAGCCGGCUUCGACGCUGGCCGAAUCCCGCGAACGUCUCGGACUCAUUCGCGGCGUCAACCUCCGGAACAACGCCUCCGUGCUCUCGAAGGAGUCCUUCGAGAUGCGGAAGAACUACCUCGUUUCUGCCUACCAGAGCGGCGCUUUCCUCAAGGACCCUGCUAGUCGCGGCCAGCCGCCUGCAAAUCCAAUGACCGAUCCUGCUGGCAUGGAGGCCAUGAUGGGCAUGAUGAAGGGGAAUAUGAUGAUGAUGAUCCCACAGACGCUGAUUAUGAGCUGGAUUAAUGCGUUCUUUUCGGGUUUCGUGAUUUGGAGUGAGCUGACAAGAGUGCUAGUGAAAUUGCCCUUCCCGCUUACCAUUCGGUUCAAGUCAAUGCUGCAGUCUGGUGUUAUGACCCGGGAUUUGGAUGUUAGAUGGGUGUCCAGUCUUUCGUGGUAUUUCUUGAACUUGUUUGGACUGCAGUCGGUCUUUGGGUUUAUUUUGGGCAGUGAUAAUGCGGCCAACCACAUGGCUUCGCAGAUGGCGUCGAUGAACCCUGCCGCUGGGAUUAACCCGUUCCAGCCGGGCCAGGAUCCCGAUAAGUUGUACCAGAGCGAGGCUGAGAACCUGGAGGUCAUUGAGCACUUUUGCAUUCUGGACGGCGUUGAGGAGAGAGUGCUGGCUCAUUACGCGGAUGAAGUGCAGAUGUAUCAAUAUGACAUACUAGUAAUAUAA